ACCAAACAGUGUCUGCAAAUUCGCGCAACUCCAGCAACUGAAAUAUUAAUAUAAUACCAAACUCUGCGUUGCAUCACUUCCUCGACCCCUCAACUACUUCUCAGCCUAAAUACAUCUCCCUCAUCAAUGGUCAAAAGUAUUAUUACCCUCGUCGAUACGAUUCUCUGCAUUUACGAUUCUCUGGACUUACGAUACUCUGCAUUAAAAGAACCCACAACUUUUUUGCUUUCAUUAACAACCUUCAACUCGAAUAAGAAUCAGGUUUGAUUUCCACUGUGUUAUUACCCCUGCAACCACAACAAGACGAAUACAUAUACAGGGAAUCCCCCAACAAAACCAAGAAUAUAGCAAAACCCACUUUAAUUUGUUUACUUUUGUGCCAGCUAUGAAUUGUCUUCAGGCUUUCUCUGUGUGAAUUCUGAUAUGUUCUUUCUCCGGUACAAUCAAAAGCCCAGAACUACUACUCUUCUUAAAAGUACUAGUUUUGCUUCAGAAUUGGUAUCAGUUCAAGGAUACAAGAUUUUGUGCAACAGGUGUGAUUGAGUGAGUGAUUUAACAGGUGAGAUCUGAUUCAAAUUGCUCCAGGAAACCACCAUGCCAGCUCCCCUGUCUGUCAAGAAGCUAAGGACCAGGGAAUGCUCAUAAAUCCAGGGAAAGAAGUAUUUGCAUUAGUGGUUGGUUAAAAGGGUUCUUAAUACAUCUAUUGUGUAGCUCAAGUGUGAGCAAAUAUGCCAGCAACAAAUUCUGUGUUUCAAAUGGCUGAUAGUUUUUUCUUUGAUCCACAAUUGCACUAUGCCCAGGUACUUGCAGAAGCCCGGAAGAACAAGCAGGCAAUGAACAAUAGCCCACCACAAUUGAAGCACCCAGUAAUUGCAGACGUUUCAUGCUUUUCAGGAGCCCAUUUCAAGGCUGGGGAGCAGCAUAAAUCUCUGGAUGAUCUGAAGAAGACAAAGAGAUCUUGGAAGAAGUCUCUGUUUUUCUGGAAGAAAUCAGAGGGUGAGAAGAAGCACAAGGCAGGAAUGUUCUCCCCACCGAGACAAUUUAGAGGGUUGAAAUCGAAAUCAGUUUCAGGACCCAUUUAUAUGAACAAUGUUCAUUCAAGCAGUCGGUCAUGGCGUUCCAGUGGGCCCAAUUCGGGGCCGCUAACUCCAACUUUUAACAGUGAACAAGCAGAUUUUCCUUAUACCUUGUUGAAUCACAUCAAUCAUCCAGUUCCUUCAUCUCAACCAAUCUACCUGAUCACAUAGAUCCCUCCUCACUCUGGAGAUUUUGGUCCCAUUAUUCUGAGAAUCUGAGGAGGUGUUUGAAAAGGGUUGAAAGAUUUGUCAGAAUUGUGAAGUAACUUGGCUUCACCUUUAAUGUCCUCUUUUCUAAGAAUGUAUCCACUGUUCUAUUGUUAUUAACCUUCUAUAUGGUUAUUCAAGCGACCUGACUUAA